AAAUGGGUGUGGCUUUUUAUCCGGAAUCUUUCUCAUCAUGAUUAUCCCGCAGAUAUUUGCUCCGCGCCCACUCCGUUCCUUCUGUUUGCUGACGUGUUUAACACAAAACCUAUAUCCGUUUGUCAGCAGCUUUUUGGUUUCAUGGAAGAGACAAUCACUACACUAAAAGACGUAAUUCAUUUAGGAUGUGGGUUAAUUAUCGCUUCACUUAGGUUCCUCUAUUCGGAUCAGGGAGGAACACACCUUCUACGACGAUUGUCUAAGUCACAGAAUACGGUGUUUUGUGGCCAGAUUCAGCUGUUUCUUUCGCGACUUUUUCCAUUGGAUGAAAAGUCUGGAUUAAAUUUGAUGAGCAAUUUCAAUGUUGAAAAAGAGAUCCUAUACAACAAAACUCCGGAUGUGUCCGCUUUCAAACAUCAGCUCUCAAUGGAUGGAACAGAUNCAGAUGAGCUGGAAGAAGGGGAGACAACUGAUGUCCCUAUGCCUGUGGAAGUGGAUGCAUCGUUGUAUGUGAAGUUCUGGUCCAUCCAAGAUUUCUUCAAAAUCCCGACCUCUUGCUAUGACAAGAAUAGAUGGUCAGCCUUCCAAAAUAGUGCAGACACGGUAUUGGAAAUCUUUUCCAGCAUCAAACUUCAAUGUGCAGAGGAUGGAGACAUGCAGUUUGAAACGAACAGUGCCAAGUUUUCCAAAUAUCUAACCAGUGAAAAGUUGCUAGACCUACAGCUGAUGGAUUCCAGUUUCCGGAGAUACAUUCUCAUUCAAUUGUUGCUUGUGUUUCAAUACCUUACCACGCCAACGAAGUUCAAGACCCCGGAACAGGUUCUGAAUGACGAACAGAUCAGUUGGAUUCAUCGCAAGCGAGAAUCAAUACUGCAUUUGCUUUCCAAUCGCUCUUUAGAAGACCAAUCAGGUGACAGUUUCCUGUACACAGUCGAGCGGAUUCUGGACCGCGAAUCCUUGUGGAAUCGCUGGAAAAAUGAAGGUUGUCCAUCGUUUGUUCGUCCAGCUGAAAAACCGCCAGAUACUCCUAGAAAGCGCCGGAUAAAUCCAUUGGUCGAUCGAUUCGGCAAUAGAGCACUAGAUGAACUGUGGAACGCCUGUCCGGACAAUUUGGCGGCUUGUCGUGAUGAGCGGCGGUUGUUUCGACCGAAUUUAUCCACUUAUUUCCAGGAAGCAAUCAUUCAACUUGAUCCGAAUGAAAAAGUGGAAGAGGAGUACAAGUUAGUUGCAUUUAUUUUUGCCCAUGUUCUUAAUCACUUAGUCUUUAACAAACUCUGUGUGUGGUUUUCGUUCACGAUUACGACCGUGGUGAACCCAGUUGAGUUCCGUUUGGAGUAA